AUCUAUAACUUUUUCUGGGUUCUGUUUGAUGGUUGGUUUUGCGUUUUAGAGCUAGUUUUAGAUAUACUCUUCUGUAACUGAGACAAAAAUUUGUGGGCAAAAUUAGAAUCGCAACACCGGUUCUUUCCUUUCCGACGCGUGUGGUGAUUAGACGUAACAGAAAAUGACUAACCCAAAAGGUUAUCGUCGCGGUACCCGCUACUUGUUUGCCCGUAGAUUCAGAAACAAAGGUGUGACAAAGCUGUCUCGUUAUAUGUCAGUCUAUAAAAGGGGUGACAUUGUUGACAUUAAGGGUGAUGGUGCCAUUCAAAAAGGUAUGCCUCAUAAAUUCUAUCAUGGAAAAACAGGACGUGUUUUCAAUGUGACUCCACAUGCUGUUGGUGUGAUAGUCAAUAAGCAACUGGGGAACCGCAUCAUCCCUAAGAAAAUUAAUGUCAGAAUUGAGCACAUUAAACACAGCAAUUGUCGCUUGGAUUUUUUGAAACGUGUUAAAAGAAAUGAAGAACUCAAAAGAGAAGCCAAGGAAAAGGGCAUCAAGGCAAACACCAAAAGAGUGCCUACUCAGCCACGAAAAGCUCAUUUUGUUAGUACUAAACUUGUGAAGCCAGAGUUUCUGACACCUAUUCCAUAUGAAAUUCUUGCUUAAAUAAACACACACGUUUCUUUCA